AUGUCUGUUGCACAAGUUGAGGACCGGAUGCAGGAGGUCAAAGACAGCUCGGAGAUCGAGAGCGAUAUCUCGACGUGCGUCGUAAGCGACGACUUCUCUACGGACUCGGAGAAGCAGUCCGCUGGCCGACGCCUUUCCAUGUUCAGCCAUGGAGCCGUCCUGCCCACAGCCGUUUGCCUGAGCAAGGCUGCUAUUGGCGCAGGAGUUUUGACCAUGCCAGGCCACGCGGCGGAAGUGGGUGUCGUUUUCCAAACUUUCGCGCUGAUUGGAGGAGCCGUUCUUACACUGUCCAGCAUCCGCUUUAUCGCCACGGCCUGCAUCGCCACAGGCUGCUACAGCUACGAGGACUUGUGUGAUGAAUUGCUCCACCCUGUGAUCGCCCUCUUCACUGGGUUCAUGAACACUCUGAACUGCAUUGGUUCUGCAGUGGGCUACCUCAUCAUUUGCGGCCAACUCUUCGGCGUGGUCACUGGUGCAUCAGAGCCUCACUGCAAGCUGUUUAUUGUGCUCACGGGUGUCUUCGUUUGUGCUCCACUGGCCAUUGCCAGGCAUGUCAGCUGCAUGCGGCAUCUGGCUGCAGGGAGCAUCGCCGCGCUUCUCAUCUUGGUCGCUUGCGUCAUGUGGUAUUAUGCCGAGCACGGAGCAGAUGAGACCAUUGUCACCCCGGACGAUGUGUUUUUCUCUUCCACGGCCACGGCCUUCACCUACAUGUCAAGCAUUAACAAUGUCGUUUUUGCCUAUAACAACCAGUUCAAUGUGCCCCAACUUACCGGAGAGCUGAAGCCGGAGCCAACGACGAUGCGCAUGCACACAGCGGCUGUCAUCUGCCUGGUCAUGUGCUUUGUGGUCUACAUCUUCACGUCUGUGUUCGGGGUGCUGGCCUUCGGCAUUGGAGAUCACCAGAAAGAGUCCCUGGUGAACUCCUUGAAGCCCGUUGGACACAACCCGUUUGUGGUGCUGACCAUGCUGGGCCUAAUGCUCAGCGUGCUUACAUGUUUCCAGUUCCAUGUCUACCCGGUGCGUCAGUUCGCUGCUUAUUUGGUGCGACGCAUCCGCAAGCGUGAUGCCAAUACCGAGAAGGAGGACAAAGUCAUUUGGGGCAAAACGGUGACUAGGUGGUUCGACAUCUUCUGCGCCCUCUCCAGCGUGGCUGUGAUAAUCUUCAUUGCGGUGGUCGUCAAAGACCUGAGGACGGUGCUGCAGUUUGUGGGGUCCUUUGCAUCGGCCUACAUUGCGUUCAUCGUGCCACCCAUUUGGCUCCUCCAGGUUCGACGCCGCUCUCCGAGCUUCCGCUGGUGCAAGGCCGAGACCCAGCUCUGUUUGCUGGUGCUCUCCUUGGGCAGCUUCUUCUUUGCAUUCGGCCUUCCCCCGGGGCGCGCUGGAGGAGCAACAGAAGCGGAACCGCCGAAGCGGCAUGCCAGCGCGUCACCAGGCAUGGCUGCCCGGGCACAGCGUGCGCAGGUGCCGCCUUCUCCGAAGGCGCCAGCGGUCCUUGGCAAAUUUGCGGACUUUGAGCGCGUGGUCUUGCUGCCGCCUUGUGCGACACACUGGUCACAGCAGCCCUCACCUCCUCCCGAGGAGAAGGUUGUGAGCGAUGCCUGCCGAGGGUGUCUCGCUUGGCCAAAGGAGCCGGCAGACCUAGCAUCGCGCAUCGGCGAGAUGAUCGGCAAGGAGCGGCCGGAGCUUUUUGUCCUGGUAGUCCCGGGGCCUUGCACGACGGAUGCCCAGGACAUGUUUGGAGAGGGGUUUGACAUCUUCGCAGAGCUACAGGUGCAGCCACAGCUUGUUGCGAUCGUGUUGGCGAGGAGCUCAAAGGCUGGGCCAUCUCUGGCACCGGCGCCGGUGGCGCCCCAGCAGGAGGGCGCUAGCAGUGGGACCGAGGUCCUCCUCCACACGGUGCGUGGCGGCCAUGCCGCUCAGGUGCAGCGAGCCGUGUCCGCUGCCCUGCAGGUGGAGGAAAGCCAAGGAUCCAGAGCCUCAGAGUGUUACUUCGCGCUCGCUCGCCUGUUGGAUUUCAAGCUGGACCUCUUCGUCCUUUGGCGCCGCGCGUCGGUACCGGCCAGCUCCUUCAAUGCGGCAGGGGAGCGCCUGGCACUACGUGUGGGAAGUUCGGUGGUCGACAUCUUCAUCUUCGCGGGCGUGCCGGAGCCUACCAUGAUCGAGAAGAGGCUGGUGCUGGCACCCACCGGAGCCGGAAAGUCUACAUGGCGCACCCACGCGCCCGUGUUCUGCCCAGAAGGCGAGGUUCUGGAUGAAGUGACCUUCCAUCCGGCCUACCACAGGCCUGUACGACUCAAGCACGGAAGCUGGCUCAAGAGCGAGGAGCCCGCUCCCUCGAUAUUCCUCCGGGAUCUGCGGCUUUUACGACGCUGGCUUCGUGCAGACCGCCGUCGACGGGUUACAUUCAACUGCAGCGGCGAGGUGCUGGAGAAGGCCUGCGAGCUGAACCUCCUGCGGCCCGAGGAGGUUUGUGUCGUGCUCCCGCACGAGGUGGUGCACCAGCGCUUCAUUUCUGCACGAAAGGCUGCCUUGGACGGACUUCCGAGGACCAAAAAGCCGAAGGUAGAUCCCUCCUUGUCACAGUGGGAGGCAGGACCUCGGCAGAAUCGAGAAAUGCUGCGGACUGCAGCUGAAAAGUGCGGCAUCAGUGCCUACACCUCCUUCGCUGGGGCAAUGGGUGCUGCAGUCCACAUCUUUUGCAUGCUCAGGAGACAUCAAGGCUCCAGCGAGGAGCCCUUCUUGGUGGAGCCGGCAUUGGAGGAGCUCCAGGCCAAGCACGACCUCACCAUGGCCUGUGGCCGACGUAUUGUCGACUGGAUCAGCAAAGGCGGCAGCGUUACAGAGUCCAGCGACCUGCCGGGAGCCGGUGAGCGCGCCGUCUGGCAGGUGAGCGCGGAGUCUUGCGACUCUGACACAUAUAUCGUCAAGAGCACAUCUGGCUUCCUGCUGCUGACGGAUGGGCGCACCUUGAUCAGCGCAGAGGAUCCGUAUCGUGAAGCUUCUGAAGUCUUCUGGUCCCGUGCUCCUGACGAAGCAGAGACGGCGCAAGAAAGUUUUUGGCUCUGCGGCCGCGAUGCCGGACAGCGCCUUCACGCCCGACGGUGUACUGGAUGCGCCUCCUUCGACCCGCCAGGGCCAUGGAGGCACGUGCUUCCCGUGGACCGCUUGGCAGACGAGGGCGAUGUCAUCCUGUGGUACCCGGGAUCUUUCGCGCCCUUCCACCUGGGCCAUCUUGACUGCCUGCGAGCUGCGCGGCAUGGGCUUCAACAGCGUGGCAUGAAAGUGGCAGGUGCCUACGCGAAGCCCCAGAUGCCACGGAGCCUGCGAUACAAGAACCUAGACGAGCAUGGGGCGUCGAUCUUUUCUUCCGGCCCCGUCCGACUGCGACUUCUGGAGCUCGUGGCUGCCCAAGAGGACUGGGUCAUGGCGGACCCUUACGGCGUACUUCGCGGGACUGGAAACAACUUCCAGGACCUUCGAGCCUUUCGUGCCAAUUUGAGGGCUACGCUUUCGCGACUGGGAUCAGGUCGCGCUGAGUGGGCAUCCUCCGUGGAGAUCGUUUGGGUGAUCGGGGAUGAUGCCUUUCCACAUCUCAGAGACAAACUUCUCAGCAGGGAGGACGUGCCGAAGGACGAUGCCCUGAAACAGGUGGGCCCCAUGCGGAUGUGUGUCGUGCACAACAGACCAUCCCAGUGGACGGCACUUGGGCCGGGCACAGAAGGUUUGCCUUUCCCCGUGUGA